AUGGCAAAUGACCGUCACAAAAUAUACAUCGCCAUAAUACUCUUUGGAACUGUUAUAGAUUCGAUAGUUGCAGAAAACCAAAAGGACGGCAAUGUAGGACCACGAGCGCUAUUCAGUCCACGAGUCGACUAUAAUGAAUGGAUGCCCGUAGGACGAGGAGACCCACUUAAAAAUGAUCCCACGUUUGACUACAGUCCACCCGUGUUAGAUCGAGUACAAUAUUGGGGAAAUUCGAACAAAAGCAAAGAAAAGAAAGAUAUUUUACUUUUAGGAGUAACUUCAAAACGAUCUCACAAAAAGGAGCCAAAGCACAACACAAUAAUGCGUAGAAAUUUCUUUUCACAUCUCCCAACAAGACUUAUGCCACCCCCAAUGCAAACAAUCUCGCCCUCAAUGAAACAUUCAUCGACAGAAAACUACCAUGGCGCCUAUUACCAUAAUCAUUACAACAUGCCCAGUCAAAGCUGGUCCCACAAUAGUAUAAACUACGGAGAUAGUAACGUGGAGGAGUCCAUUAACUAUGUUAGCGUAUCACGUCCAAAUAAGAAUAGUAUUCGCAACGAAUAUACCCAACACAACACACAACCCCCUAGGAAGCCAUGGUUGCACGCUUUACUUGAAAAGGAGGUAACGAAACCUACCGCGAGCAACUAUGUCAUGCAGCCUUCGAAAAGUGUGUAUGAGUCACAUCCUCCACCUUCCUUGGAACCCCUAAAUCCAGUUCCGUCCUCAACAGUCAGAACAACAACCAGCACUACCUCCACAACCUCCGAAGCUCCUUAUUUUCAACCCACUGUCCUCCCUGAAAUUAUUUCACCAACUACAGAUCCCCUGUUUGCUCACUAUGAUCAGCCACAAGGCAGUGUAGCUAGACCUAUGUACCUUAUAAUUGAGGGUCAUUCCAAAGUCAAGACGUACGGUCAAAACGACAACUCAACAGUGAGAAAACAUAUCCCGAAAAUUGUCCCAAUCAAGGCUGCAGAAGAAUCCAUUAUAAAACAUGUUGUAUCCGAAGAUGACACCGGGCAUGCCAUGGAAGUAAUGCAUUUGCAUACAACACAGCCACCAACUCCUUCUACUACUCCAAGUCCAUCUGCAAUGGGAGAUCUCUUAAGCUUGCUGGACUCCUCCUUAGGUAACUUUUUCCUUGGGGAAGAUUCAACAACAAAGAAGUCAAAAACGAAGGAAGGCUCUGACAAAACCAAAUCUGAAAAGACAGAGAAGCCUGAAAAACCCGAGGACCCUAAGGCAUCUGUAAAGAAAGAUGCGUCCGAAAAGUCAGAUAACUUUGAUAACGCAGAACGUGAAAGUCGCCAAAUUUUCGACUACGACAAUCUUCCUGAACCAAUGCUUCGGGAGGAGGAUGGAAUGCUUGCUCAUGACUUCCAGAUCACCUUGCAGCCGAAAAACGCUCAAGGGGUGACCUUCGAUACAGAGUUCGACUACCCAUCCACGGAAAUUGUUUAAUUGUGCAUCUUAUUCAAAACAAUCUUACAACUACAGCGAGCAUCCUUUUUUAAUCGAAUAAGACAAAGAUAAAUUUUGAAAUUCUUAGCUGCAGCAGGGAUUUUGACUGUGAAUCUGAUUCUGUUGGGAAAUGCUUUCAGAAAAAUAGUAACAUUCUACCGCAAUUACAGUAAUUAUACAUUAACAUAGUUUACGUUCUAGAUUUAUUGUGUAUUUAGAUGUUUUUGUAUUACCUUCGAAGAUUGUGAGUAUUCAAAAUUCUAGAUUGUUUUAGAAUUUCGAUUCAUAUAUCUUUUAACCAGAGGAUUACGUGUAGAGAUAGCAGAUGAACGGAUUGAUUUUUAAGAUAAACUUUUCGAAAUUUUGGAAUCCGAAAUUCAAUUGGUUUUAGAUAUUUAAAUGGAAUAUUUCGGUCAAUAUUUGGACACAUUUUCGAUUUUUCAAAAUAACCUCCACAUCAUGGCCAUUAGAAAUCUUUUAAUAUAAAUUAUUAUAGAUAUCACUAUUUAUUUGCAUAGUUUCUAGGAAUUUAUUUAUUUUUAUUUAUAUAUUUAUGAAGAAUUUCUAAAAAAUGACAUGUUCAUGUCCAUUGAAAAGAUGGAUGAAAUUAUUUUACCUUCCAAAAUAACACUCAUGUAGCAGUAAAUUUAACAAUAAUUGUAGUAAACCAUAAGUUAUUUAUACUUAUUUAUACAAAACCGUAAUUUAUGGGAGACAUUUUUAAAUAAAUAUGA